CUAGCUGCUAAUUUAGCUAGCCACUUGACGGAGCACACUCGUGUGGAUUUGUUCAAUGAAGUCUUAAGUGAAAGUGAUCCGGACAAGAGUAGCUAGCUAGCUAACGUUCAAGGCGUCAAGUGUCUUAAACAUUGUUUCAAAUAUUGCCUGAAAGUUUAGCAAGGUAAUAAAUCGAGAUAUUGCCUAAUUUUGGAUCGAAUAUCGGAUGCAAAUGUACUGUAAUCUCCGGACCAGCAAGCUGCUGAGAAGCUAGUGUCGUUAGCCAGUUACCUAAUUUAGUUAGCAUCAACUACUGAACAAUAUCCACCUAUGUUUCGGAACAUCGAUAUUAAUUGUGCAUUUUCCCGGAGGAUUACAAUUGCAGAAUUUUCGACCGUUGCUUUUAGUGGAAUUGUUUUCAUAGCGUUUUAGCAACUGUAUCAACUCUGCCUCUCCAGCUCCGACCGUGGCUGGCUGGCUAGCUAAGCUAGUUAUCCAGCCUGCCGUGCCAUCCGCUGUGCACUUCCCCCACUCACCUCCUUCUCCAGCCGGGUAGCUUUAGCUAGCCCGCUAAGUAAAAUGAGACCAGCAUCAACUAUUUAACUGUGUAGCCUGCUGCAAAAUGGAUUGUAAUAUGAUGUAUGAAGACACAACCAUCACAUUGUAAGGUCUCUGUCAAGGAGAUCAGCAGAGGGGAUGGACAAGCCAAAAUCAAACUGCGAAGAAAAUGUCUCUGAACCGACAGCUGAUGAAAGCGCCCCUGCAGAGCAACCAGUCCCCUCAGAGGGGGAGUCAGAGGCCCCUUCUGCUGCAGAGGACACGUCGGACACGGCUGCCGCCACUUCCAACACACAUGUGGAGAGCAGCGUGAGGGCCUGUGCUCUCUGUAACUGCGUGGAGCGCAGCUUGCACGGACAACGGGAACUCCGACAUUUUGGGGCAUCUUCCUCCCGGCCGGCCCUAGAGCCCGCAGCUUCAUCACUGCCAGGGCCUGGGAGCGAUGACCUGUCUUCCAUCGGAUUCUCCAACUCUGACGCAUCCUGUCUGGCAGCACAGUUGGAGGACACAGAGGGUUGCUGGGUGCAUCACUGGUGUGCGCUGUGGUCAGAUGGAGUGAAGCAGGCGGAGGAGGCUGAGGAGGAGCUGGAGAAUGUGGACAAGGCCGUCAUCUCAGGGACACAGCAGCUGUGUGAAUAUUGCAAGCGUCUGGGUGCUACCAUCCGCUGCCAUGCUGAGGGCUGCUCACGGUUCUACCACUUCCCCUGUUCUGCUGCCAGCGGCUCCUUUCAGUCCAUGAAGCUCCUGGCUCUCCUCUGUCCAGAGCACAUAGACAAGGCUGAGGAGAUGGCGGGUGAGGAGGCACGCUGCGCCGUCUGUGACUCUGCCGGGGAGCUGCUGGACCUACUGUUCUGUACGGGCUGUGGACAGCACUACCACGCCGCCUGUCUGGAGAUCAGCGCCACACCCAUACAGAGAUCAGGGUGGCAGUGCCCAGAGUGUAAAGUGUGCCAGACAUGCAGGCAACCAGGGGAAGACUCCGUGAUGUUAGUAUGUGAUGCCUGCGAUAAGGGCUACCACACCUUCUGUCUCCAGCCAGCCAUGGUCUCUCUUCCCUCCGACACAUGGAAGUGCAGAAGGUGUCGGGUGUGUACGGACUGUGGCGCUAAUGGUCUGACGCAGCCCGGCUCGGCCCAGUGGUUUGACAACUAUGCCGUGUGUGAGGGCUGCCAACGUACCCGCAGUUCUACGUGUGGCGUCUGCGGCAAAGCCUCGGAACCACCCGUCACGCUGCCGCGUUGUAUCACCUGCAACAGGUGGGUGCACAGUGAGUGCUCCUCUACGUCGGAGCCACCUGAGGAAAAGUGCACCUGUUCGCUCUGCCGAGACCGAGAGUCUGCGCCAGCCCCUGUCACACAGACUGACGGACAGACGGACUCAAUGGAGAUGCAGCCCACAGAGACGGGGUCAGAGGUGACGAUAGAAGGACGGACGGACACCGUUGCCGAGAUGCCGAUCCAGACGGACGCAGCAGCUGAAGUUCCGGUGGAAAGGCAGACGGACGUGUCUGAGGAGGUGACGAUAGAGCAGGUGGAGACCAAGACGGACGAGGAGGUGCCCAUGGAGCUGGGGACGGAGGCUAAAGUGGUAGAAACGAAUGAGAGCACCGUGGAGGCGGGGCCUCAGCUGGAAACGGAGGAAGUCCCUGCAGAACAGCCCAUGGUCCAGGCUGAGGUUAUAGAAGAAUGUCAAACAACCGAACAACAGGAGGCUCCUAGUUUACCUGUGGCUGUUGCAGAAGAGAGAACAGAAGAUGCUUCCAACCAGAUGCCACAUCCCCAGGUCAGCUAUGUCCCUAUCCUUGAGUCUCCGGAGUCACCAGAACAGCAACCGCCACAGUCACCAGAACCAGCACCAGUAGUGCAGGUCGGCCCUGAUCACAGAAAGGAGAAGGAGAGGGAGGAGGUCAAGCCCUCAACAGCGCAGCAGGCCACACAGGAGGAGAAGAUAAGGGGUGAGGGCAUGUCUACCACCAAGCCAUCCAUUCGGGACUCGCCAGAGUCACCGACCCCUCCCAUUUCCAUGCAAGAGGCGGAGCAUGUUUCCAUGGACACAGAUGAGGCCGGGCUAAAGGAGGAACGCUCAGGGUCUCCCAAUCCUCCUGCUCCACAGGCCGACACACAGGAGGCUGCUCCUUCUACUGUGGACAUGGAGGACAGGGGGACUCACUCUGAGGAGGAGGAGGAGUUUGUAGAAGAAGAGGAGGAGCAGCAGGGGAAGGAGGCAGACGGAGAGGGUCAUCAUAGUCAUCACAGAAGGGUCAAGAUCAAGCAGGAGCCCCAGGACCCCACGGAGGAGCAGGAGGAGACGAAGCCUGAUCAACUCCUCCUAGAUGAGAUGUCCAACCAGAGCCACCAGAGUCCCGGGGACGAGAGCAGCUCUGGCUUCCUUGGCUCCCCGGCCGAGAACGAGGCUGAGGCGGAGCCUGACGCACAGCUAUCCAUGGAGCUUAGCCUGAUGCCCACUGGCCGCUCGCGUUCCGACUCCCUGCUCACUGAGACGGACGACUCGCUGCCCUUUGACCCCCUCAAACCAGACGGGGAGAAGAAGAGGAGAGGCUCUCCGGGGCGAUCCCGGGUCAAACAGGGGCGGGGCAGCAGCAGUUUCCCGGGGAAGCGGCGCCCUCGCGGUGGUGGCGGUGGCAGGGGCCGUGGCGGAAGGAACCGCCUCAAAGCCAUGGCCUCCUGCAUCGACGCCUUCCUGCUGAGCAUGACAGCAGCAGACACUGGACUGAGUAAGGAGGAGGAGGAGGGGGAGGAAGAUGAGGCUAUGCAGAACACGGUGGUGCUCUUCUCCAACACCGAUAAAUUCGUCCUGCUUCAGGACAUGUGUGUGGUGUGUGGCAGUUUUGGGAAGGGUGUGGAGGGGCAGCUGCUGGCAUGUGCUCAGUGUGCACAGUGUUACCAUCCGUACUGUGUGAACAGCAAAAUGACUAAGAUGAUGCUGCGUAAGGGCUGGCGUUGUCUGGAAUGUAUCGUGUGUGAGGUGUGCGGCAAGGCCUCGGACCCGGCCCGCCUGCUGCUGUGUGACGACUGUGACGUCAGCUACCACACCUACUGCCUGGACCCGCCCCUACACACAGUACCCAAGGGGGGAUGGAAAUGCAAAUGGUGUGUGAGCUGUAUGCAGUGUGGUGCCAGCAGCCCGGGGUUCCACUGUGAGUGGCAGAACAACUACACCCACUGUGGCCCCUGUGCCAGCUUGGUCACCUGCCCUGUCUGCAGGGAGAACUUCAUGGAGGAGGAGCUGCUGCUGCAGUGCCAACACUGUGACAGAUGGGUGCACGCAGUUUGUGAGAGUCUGUACACUGAGGACGAGGUGGAGCAAGCUUCUGAUGAGGGCUUUGCCUGCACCUCCUGCACUCCCUACGUCCCCAAACCCAUAGUAACAGUGGACACGACCUACAUGUCAGCCAUGAAGAUAAAAGAACCAGAACGUCAGUUCUACCGGUUGGAGGGAGUGUGGCUGACCGAGACGGGCAUGUCCCUGCUGCGUAGCAUUUCUAUGUCUCCCCUACACAAGAGACGUCAGCGGCGUUCCCGCCUGGAUAUGCUGUGUGGCGACGGAGGGCAUGACGGCAUUGAGCUACGAGACGGCGAGGGAGACGGGGACGAGGGAAAAGGCUGUGGGGAGCCCAUGGAAUGUGAGACAGGAGCCCCUGGUGUAAAACAGGAGCCUCCAGGGAGCCCAGACAGAGAGCUGGGAGCAGAAGGAGGUGGUGAGGGGAUGGAGGAGGGCCUCCUCAAAGGAGGAGUAGAGGAGACUGACGAGGGGAAGAAGAGGAAGAGGAAACCCUACAGACCAGGGAUCGGUGGCUUCAUGGUGCGCCAGAGGAAGUGUCACACGCGGAUGAAGAAAGGUCUGUUCCCCCAUCUGUCUCAUCUGGCUGGAGACGGGACAAUUACUACAGAUGGACGGACGGGAGAGAAACUAGCCCUAGAGGAAGGGCCCCACCCAGACACACCUAUAGAUGGCGCCCCGGAGACUAAGCCAGCUGAGGGAGAGGGGGAGCAGGCCAAGAAACGACGAGGCAGGAAGAAGAGCAAACUGGAGGACAUGUUCCCAGCUUACCUGCAGGAGGCGUUCUUUGGUAAACAACUGAUGGACCUCAGUAAGAAGGCUCUCCUGGUUCCCCCAGGACCGAGGCAUCAUGGCGCCGUGGGUCUCCUCCGACCUCCACUGCCCCAUGCACCUGGGGACAGACCCACCGCACCUGACGCAACGGAGGCCAGGGAGCGAGCGAUGGGGUCUGGGAUGCACCUGAAGCAGGAGGGGGGUGAAGGAUCCCAGGCUCAGGGCGAGGGAGCAGGGUCGUCUUCGUCCGUUAAAGAACCGAGUUCGACGGACCCUCAAGGCUCCGACACGGAGAAGAAUGAAGGUCUUCCUCAGGGCAUGGAGAGUCAGGACUCUGAGCAGUUCUUCAGGAAGGUCCUGGGAACGUCAGAGGGGGCCUCUUUAGGAGGGUCGCUACAGAGCAGCAUGAUGCCCAUCCUGGAGGGGGUCAAGGGGGAGAUGAACCGCAGUGGUCUGCCACAGAGGAGCCUCCUCACUGGGUCACUGCCAUCAGCUGGUGUGAUGGAGUCCUUCCCUGGACUCUCUCAGUCUCCGUUCUUCGACAUGCGGGACCGGGCAGGUCUGUUCAGUCCAGACGGGGGAGAGGAGAGCCCAUGGGCAACCCCCUCCACCCCUGCUACACCCUCCACUCCCCCUACCCCCGGUGAGGCAGAUGGAGACGGGCUGUCCUAUAACCAGCGCAGCCUCCAGCGCUGGGAGAAGGACGAGGAGCUAAGAGAAAUGUCCACCAUCUCCCCUGUACUCUACGCAAACACAAACUUCCCCACUCUCAGACGGGACUACCCAGACUGGUCCAGUCGCUGUAAACAGAUCAUGAAGAUCUGGAGGAAGGUUUCAGCUGCAGACAAGGUUCCUUUUCUGCAAAAGGCCAAAGACAACAGAGCAGCUCAGCGGAUCAACAAGGCACAGAAGCAGGCAGAGAGCCAGGUGUGUCGGCCCAUCAAGACAGAGGAUGAUGGUAGUGUUCGGGUCAAAGGGGAACGUCCAAGCCUGCACCUCCAGAUCCCGCCACCCUCAGGUUCUGUCUCCAACCCCUCCCAGCCCAGCUCGGCAGAGAGCCCCUUCCCCUUCCACCCCGACUCGGGUUCCUCUUCGGUUUUCUUCCCCGACGGUCCUCUCAAGACCCCAAGCUCGGCAUCGGCAGAUAUGAGGACAGAUCCCUUUGCCAAGCAGCCUCCCCAGUCCCCCCACCCCUCUCACCACUCCCACCCCUCCACCCCAUACUCCUCCCACCAGGCCGCCUCCAGCCCCAUGCAGGGCCAGGCCUCUUCCUCAGGUUACCUCCAUCCUGUCCCGCAGGGCCCUCUUCAGGGACGGCCGGCCAGCCUCGGCCCCUUCGACAUGCACCCAGGGACCCCCCGGCGGGCCCAGCAGGUGGACCCAUUUUUCAGGCCACAACAACAGAUCCAGUGUCACCUGCCCCAGUCACAGCAGGGCUCUCAGGAGCACCUAGGCCCCCCAGAAAGCCCUCGGUCCAGGGGUGGAGGGCCUGGGGACUCCCCUCUCUUCUCCCCGCCCCACACCACCCACUAUGGAGACCCGUUUCGAGGCCAGCAGCAAGGGAUGGGGCGUCCAGAAUACGGUUCCUCCCCCUCCCAUGUGUCCUCACCUGCCGGGAUGGGACAGUACAGGGCUGAUAUGAGUGGGGGACCCUCUCCCCGCUCCUCCUCCACGGGCCGCCAGGACCUGAGUAACACGGGCUCCCCUGCAGGGAUGCUGGACUCUGGGGAUGGCUUGUUCAAGGCUCCCAUGACGCCCCGGAUGCACCAAGGGGACAGCGGGGUGGUACUCCACCCUGGAGCCUCACCCAACCACCACUCUGAGGGAUACCGCCAGUCCCCCUCUACCCCGUUUCAGGACCCCUAUGCCCAGCCUCCUCUCACCCCCAGACCCCAGUCUGGGGAUAGCUGCUCCCCCCUCCCCCAGAGGCAUCCCCAGGCCCAACAGGAGUCCUGCCCCAGGGUCCCCUCCAGCCCCCAGUCCCAAGGCAGCUCUCAGUCUCCCCUCACUCCUGGAGCCCUCUCCAAUGAUGCAUUCUCUGUCCAGUCCCCGGCAUCCAACUCGCGCUUCCAGUCGCCUGACCCCUACUCCCAGCCGCCCUCGCGCCCCCAGUCCAGGGACCCCUUUUCUGCUUUGCACAAGCCCCCCCGGCCCACCUCCGCUGUUCCAGAGGGCACCCCAAGCUACAGAGGCUCACCUCACCCCAACCAGUCUCCUUCACUCCCCCCGUCCUCCACCCCUGUCGGGGACCCUCUCUCUGGGAAGCCCUCUGGGCCGCCUGGGUUCAGCCGGGGCCCCAACAUGGCCUAUCAGAUGGCCCAGCAGCAACAGCAACAACUCCUCCAACAGCAGCAGCAGCAACAACAACAACAACAACAGCAGCAGCUUCAGCAGCAGCAGCAACAACAACAGCAGCAGCUUCAGCAGCAGCAGCAGCAACAACAGCAGCUGCUUCAGCAGCAGCAGCAGCAACAACAACAGCAGCAACAACAACAGCAGCAACAGCCCCAGGCUCAGGUCAUGGGUUCCAACUUCCACUCCAGGAUGCCCCCCCAGCAGGACCCCACAGCCCCCCAACCCCCGGAUGCACCUCAAACCCAGGGGACUAUGUCAGGCGCCCAGGAGAUGCCUGACAUGUCAAUGGUUCAGGAUCCUUCACUACUGGACCUCAGCCCCUCUGAGCUGGAGAAGCAGAGACAGCGACAGAAACUGAGGGAGUUGUUGAUCCGACAGCAGAUGCAGCGAAACUCAAUCCGGCAAGAGAAAGAGGCUGCAGCAGCCAGCAGUGCUGCCCCCUGUUGGCCUGGAGGUGACAUGGCAGCCUAUCAGCAAGACAAAGCCCGCCGUGCUCCACCACCCUACCCACAGGACCGUGCUGCUGCUGGAGCCCAGGCAACAUUGGCGGGGAAGAUGGAUGGUGGCCGCCUGCCACUCCCAGGAACCCCUGCCAUGAUGGACCCCAACCAGCUCAGACAACCAGGGCCCCCCAACCCCCAGGGCAUGUAUGGUCGACCUCCUUUCCCUGGCCAGUGGCAGCAGAGCCCGGGUCCCCGUCGGUUCCCCCAGCCUGGCAUAGAGGGUGUGGGCCCCAGGCACAACCUCAACUCCCCCCUCAACAUGCAGCCCGGCAUGGACCCCGGAGGACCCCCACCACAGUUCAUUGAGCUGAGGCACAACUCUCAGAGGCUGCCCCUAGGGACCCAGUUUCUCCAACGUGGGCCCCAGCAACGGCCACGUCUAUAUAUCCCCCAGCAGCAGGAAAUGGCCCCCGGACAGUUUAUUCAUCAUCCAAUGCCUCAGGGUAUGGACUCUCAGACAGAGGGGGUUAGAGAUUCACGGCUGGGGCUACAGCAGGGUGGUAUGAGUCUAUUACUGCCACAGCAGAGCACUGGCCCCUCACAGCAGCAACCCCAUCUCCAGCCCCACACAGGCACUUCCCAGACCGCUAACGCUCCCAGUUCUCACUCUGGGCAGCACCAGCCUUCCCAGGACUCCACAGAGUCCCAGGCUGGAGCUUCAGGGGACCCUAAUGUUGAUCUCCCCGAGCCCGACCUGGAGGAUCCGUUUGCCCCCAAAAGGCUAGGGAAUGCCCCCGGGGAUGGAGGAAUGGAAGAUGAGGAUGACCUGGCUCUAGAUCUAGACCCUGAUAAGGGUGACGACGACCUGGGUAACCUUGACAACCUGGAAACCACAGAUCCGCACCUAGACGACUUACUCAACAGUGACGAGUUUGACCUGCUGGCUUAUACAGACCCUGAGCUGGACCAAGGGGACCCCAAGGAUGUGUUCUCGGACCAGCUGCGGUUGGUGGAAGCAGAGGGUGAAACACCAGGUACCUCUGGAGCUCAGGACAUCAAAGUGGAACAGAAACCAAAAGUGGAGGAAAACCCCAUCUCAAAUACAGGGUGCUCCACGUUGUCCACAACACCCCAUCCCUCCUCGGAGUCUGCCGACACCUCCAGGAUCAAGCUGGAGCCAGGCCAAGCGGUGGUGAAGGAUGAGAUGGGAGAAGCAGUCUCCAUGCUCCUUCAAACAAACAAAUCCUCCACUCAGUCAGAGAACCAGGGUGCCUCUCUGAGCUCUGUGCGGUUAGGGGGGCUCCCAUACCCUCUUCCUGGUCAGGCUGACUCCUUAUCCUCUCUGGGGGAGGACCCUUUAGGGCUGCCCGAUGGAGGGGGACAGCACUCCCCAGCCGUGGAUCUAGACAAAGUCGAGAGCUCUCUGGAAGCCAGCGAGCUUCCCUUGCUGAUCCAGGACCUGCUGGAGCACGAGAAGAAGGAGCUCCAGAAACAGCAGCAACAGCAGCAGCUCAGCUCCCUCCACCAGGGGGCAAUGAGGGCUCACAUGGGCGGCCAUCCCAACCACCAGGGCGGUCCUGGACAUAUCAUGCUGACCCAGCACCACCGCCCCCAACCCCAGAGUAUGAUGGGACAGCCAGGUAUGGUGCCACGCCCUCCACACCUCCUGCAGCAGCAAAGGAUCAUGGGACAACCUGGGAUGACGCCACAGCACAUGGCUGCCAUGGCUCAGCAACAAGGCAUGAUGAGGAUGGGGCAUCCUGGGGGAAUUCACCCAGGACUCAACCCACAGCAGCAGCAACAACAACAGAUUAAACAGUCAACUCUGGCUGAUAACUUCUUCCCUGAUAAAGAUCUAGACAAGUUUGUGACUGACGACGUCAUGGAUCCCAUCGCCAAGGCAAAGAUGGUGGCACUGAAGGGCAUCAAGAGAGUGUUGGCACAGGACCCAAUGGGGGUACCCUCUGGAAUCAACAGACAACAGGUCUCUCUGUUGGCCCAGAGACUAGCGUCGGCACCGGGAACAGGAGAUCCACAGGGUCAACUCGCAUCUGGCCCAUCUAAGGAAGGGGAAUGCAGUGACACAACACAAUCGAGACCCAACCCUCCCCAGUUUGUACAAGGGAUCAUCAAUGAUGCAGAGCAGCAUCAGUAUGAAGAGUGGCUCCUGCACACCCAGCAGCUGCUGCAGAUGCAGCUCAAGUUCCUGGAGGAGCAGAUCGGAGCUCACCGCAAGUCCCGCAAGGCUCUGUGUGCCAAGCAGCGCACUGCCAAAAAGGCAGGCCGUGAUUUCGCCGAGGCUGACGCAGAGAAACUCAAAUUGGUCACAGAGGAGCAGGGCAAGAUCCAGAAACAACUGGACCAGGUGCGAAAGCAGCAGAAGGAACACACCAACCUGAUUGCAGAGUACAGGAGCAAGCAGCAGCAGCACCAGCAGGGCUCUAGUCUCCUGGCCCCAGGGCCCUCCACCCAGGGGACCCACUUGCUCUCCAAGAUGCCCGGGCAGAUGAUGAUGGGUCAGCAAGGAGGUAUACCCGUCAGAAUUCCCCCACAGGGGCAGUCUUUCCUAGGAGGAGGCCAGCACCCUGGAGCUCUGGGAGUCAGAUCCCCUGGUCCUCCUGGUGGUCCUCCUGCAGGAUUCUUCCCCCAGGGUCCAGGAGGAGUCCAAGGGGCAGACCAAAGACUUCUCCAGGAGAGACAACACAGGAUGCAGAUGAUCCAGAAACUACAACAGCAGCAGCAGCAACAACAGGCGAUGAUGCAAGGCCAGCAGCCCAUGCCACAUCCAGGUGUCCAACCAGGUAUGUUGCCACAUCCAGGUGUCCAACCAGGUAUGUUGCCACAUCCAGGUGUCCAACCAGGUAUGUUGCCACAGCCAAGCGUCAUGGGUAACUCUCUGAUUAGUCAACAACAACCAAACCUCCAACAGGGAAUUAUGCCCAACCAGGCCAUGGUGCCCCAGGGUAUGGUACCAGGGCAGGCUGUGGCCCAGCCAGCUCAGACCCUGAUGGGAGGGCAACCUAUGAACCAGCCUCCAGGCAUGAUGGUUGCUCAACCAGGCAUACAGCAGCAACAGAGGCCUCAGGUCCUAAUGGGCCAGCAGGGAGUUGUGGGACCCCCUCAGCACCAUGGACUCAGAGGACCCGGCCAGGCCCAGCUCACACCUCAACAACAACAAAUCCUGGCCCAGCGCAUGUUGGCGCAACAGAAGCUACAGCAGCAGCAAGUGGCACAACAACAGCUCAGGCAACCACCACCACAGGGCUUCAUCAGCCAACCCAACCAGUCUCACGACUCCCAGGGAGGACUCUCUCAACCUGCUACCCCAGGUCAGAUGGGAUCUUCUCCCGCUUCAGCAGGGGGGAGCACACGGGUCACCCCGCAACCAACUGAGGGGCUACAGCAGGGGGAGAGUGGAAUCCUUAGUCCUAGCUCCAGGACAUCUCCACAGCAGGGUGGACCUGGACCUUUAACCCCUGGCCAGAUGACCCAAGCAGGGGCUUCUGGAGAGCAACAGGCGGUAGUGGGACAACAACAACAGCAGCAAUACAUGGCCCAGCAGCAGCAACAGGCACCACAACAACCUCUUCAAAAUGCUCAAGCUGGACAUCAACAGCAAGCAGGUUACCAACAGGCUGGCAUGCACCCCCAAGUACAACAGCAGCAAUCACAGCAGCAACAGCAGCUUCAACAGCAACUCUCUCUACAGCGACAGAGUUCCCUCAAUGCUGAUCCCUCAAAGUCUGGUUUGGUUACCGUCAAGCAAGAAGGACAGCAGAUGUGUUACAUGGCACAACAACAGCAGCAGCAACAACAACAGCAACAACAACAACAACAACAACAGCAGCAACAACAACAACAACAGAAUCUUAUGCAGCAAGCCCAAGACCCCAUUAGACAACAUGACAAUAUGGGCCAGAUGCAAAAUGUGAUGGGUCAACAGAACCACCCUGGUCAGCCUCAGCCCGUCCCUGGUAUGCCAGGCCACCCUAGUCCCCAGCAACAGGCCCUCAUGGCCCAGCAGCAGAAGCAGCAGGCCAUGAUGGGCAUGCUUAGAGCCCAGCAGCAGGGCAUGAUGCCUGGCCAGAGGCCUGGGGGUCCACCUGGUCAGAUACGCACCCCAGUCAACAUCCAGACUAUCAUAGCCCAGAACCCCCAGCUCCGACACCUCACCCCCAACCAGCAGAUACAGCACAUCCAGGCCAUGAUCCAACAGCGCCAGCUCCAACAGCAGCAGCAGCAGCAACAACAACAGGGCCAGAUGCUGAGGCUCCAGGUGGGUCAAGGACAGCCAGGCCAGAUGAGGCCCCAGGGGCCACUAGGACCGGGGCAGCAGGUGGGACAGGUCCAGAGGAUGCCUGGCGGUCUGGAAGCUCAGCAGCAGCAGAUGCACUAUGGAGGAGCUCUUGGGAAACCAGGGGGAGUGGGCUCCCCGCUACAACCAGGAAUGAUGGGCCCCGGCCAACCACCGGGCGUGGUGACUCCUCAGAUGCAGCAGCAAGGGAUCACAGGACCUGUAGUCCAACAGCAGCAGCCAGGAGCCUCGCCUCAGUAUGCACUGAGUGUCCAACAGCAGCAGAUGAUGAUACAGCAACAACAGGCCCAGCAACACCAGAUGAUGAGAGGCCAGGUACCCAUGGCUCGCUCCCCCAUGGGGCAGAUACGUGGUGGGCCCCCCCAGGGCCGCCUCAUAAGGCCCAUGUCUCCCCGCCAACCGUUGGCCAACUCCCCUGGUGACCCACAGCGCCACUCCAUGGCACAGGCGAUGGGAAUGCGUCAACCCAACCAAGUCAUGCAACAACAGCAACAACCACAGAUCCACAUGGCUCAACAACGCUUCCAGGGAUCUCCCUCCCACGCAGGCUCCCCUGGAGGAUCCUCAGUGCAGAAACAGGAAGCAGGCAUGAGCCCAGCUACCCCAGGAACGCCGCACUCCACCCACGUUGCCUCUCCGUCUGUAACUGACGGGGCAGCUGGGAAAGGUAGUCCUUACAGUCAGAUCAAGGCGUCUCCUCUCAGGUCACCUGGAGCAUCCAAGAGUCCCCUGGACUACCCUGGGCUUAAGGCGGGAAGUGGCGACCCAACCCAUGGCCAAGUCCCUCCGAAUGGGCCUUCGCCUCAGAAGGGUGAGAGUGGACAGCAGGGCCAGCAGCAUCCACAACAGGACUCAGAGAGCCAGGGUGGUCCUCAAUCUCCACCAGGCUCCAGAGAGGGUGCUCUGUGUAAAAUGACCCUACAGAACAUCAAACAGGAGCCCAGAGAGGUGACUUGUGAUGGAGAAGGUGGUGGUGGUCCUCACUCCGGGGCCAUCAAGAGGGAGGUGACUGGGGAGCCGGUUGGAGGGUUUGGUAACACUGGUCCUGGACCAGGUGGGGACCCCGGAGCUCAAGCCCCCAGGACUGAGACAGGACAACAGUUGCUGCAGAAGCUCCUGAGGACCAAGAACCUGCAGCUGGCAGCUCAGAGGCCAUCUGACGGCAUCCACAACGAGAUCAACGGACACAUCAACAGCAAGCUGGCCAUGCUGGAGCAGAAACUACAGGGGACUCCACGCAACAUGGAGGAUCUGCAGUCCAUCACAAAGAGGGCUCCUGUUGCCAAGGUAAAGCGCACCAACAAGCCUGGAGAACGAGCGCCCCAGUCCCGUAAGAAGAAGAAAGAGGAGGUUGGGAAGAGCACUGAAGCCCUGAUGAAACAACUGAAACAGGGCCUUUCUCUCCUUCCCCUGAUGGAGCCCUCCAUCACUGCCAGUCUGGACCUGUUCGCCCCCUUCGGCAGCAGCCCAGCCGACGGCAAGGCCCAGCUCAAGGGCUCCUUUGGAAAUGCAGUACUGGACAACAUCCCGGACUACUACUCUCAGCUUCUCACCAAGAGUAACCUCAGUAAUCCACCACCAACACCCCCGUCCUCCCUGCCCCCCACACCACCCCCCUCGGUACAGCACAAGAUGCUCAAUGGGACGACUGCUGUGGAGGAGCUGACUGAGGUACAGAAGGAGACCGAGACCACAGAGGACACUAUGGAUUCUGUCACUGAAGAGGUGAAGAGUAUGGAUAUCCUUGCAGCGCUCCCCACCCCUCCUCACAACCAGAACGAGGACAUCCGGAUGGAGAGUGACGAGGACAGUGACGCUCCAGACAGUAUCGUCCCAGCGUCCUCUCCUGAGAGUGACCUAGGCGACGAGGUGCCACGCUUCCCUAGCCUCCGAGAACCCAAAGAGGAGGAGAUGGAGAGAACCAUAUCCCCUAUCAUACCACUCAUCACCUGCACUGCCAUCCCAGUGUUCCCAGAAAACAAGCCGUUUGAAGCAGCGGCCGACAAGUUGGCGUCUACAACCAACCCCUGGGACAAAGCCAAGAGCAACGAGGUGGCUGUGACCUUCACACUGACCUCCGCAGCAGCCAAGAAUCUGAACCAUGUAAUGGUGGCUGUGGCUCAGCUCCUCCACAUGCGGAUGCCUGGUUCCUAUGAGGUGGCUUUCUCUCCCAGCCCGAGCAGAGCAGGAGCCUCAGGACCAGGGAAAAGCCCCGAACAACCAGGUACUGGAUCGCCAGGUGCUCUGUGUGUGAAGGCUGGUGGUAUAGAUGGUAGUUCAGCCAGCCAGGAUGCAGAGUGGCUCAGACAGUUUGAUGUUUCUCUGCCAGGCUGUACUCUGAAGAAACAGGUGGACAUCCUCUCACUCAUCAAACAGGAGUUCCCCGAACAGGAGGACAAACCGGUUCAGCACUGUUACACCACCAACGUGUCUGACCUGGAUGUCCGUCAUCUCCCCGUCAUCCCUGUCCAGGAUUCCCCGCCCUCCUCUCCCUCUCCUCCUCCUGCUCCUCCUAGUGAACCUGAGCCUCCCACACAGCCAGCUUCCCCCUCCCAGCCAGCCUCUCCCUCUCAGCUAGCCUUUCCCUCUCAGCUAGCCUUUCCCUCUCAGCUAGCCUUUCCCUCUCAGCUAGCCUUUCCCUUUCAAGUUCCCUCCAGCCCUGCUCAGACCACCGUUCAGGUCAAAACGGAGCCUGCCACUGUUCAGAUCAAAACGGAGCCUGAGGCUGAGGAGGCCAUCCUUCCCCCUCCUGACCCUGUCCUUGUCCCCAACUCUGACCCUGGUGCUGACACUAAGGCUCCUGUUCUUGACUCUGCUGAGGCUCCUGCUGCUCAGGCGGACUAUGAUGCCACGACGGCUGACCAGCCAGCCCCCCAUCCCCAGGACACCCCCACCUCCCCCAAGGUGAAGCACCGCAGCAGGCCCCUCUCCCCCGACCCUGAGGAGAUGGUGGUCCGGCCCAAGGUGAAGAAGUGGAAGGGCCUCCGCUGGAAACGUCUCCAGAUCGUCAUCACCAUCCGUAAAGGAGGUUCCAAGAAGGAGAGCAGCCGCGGGGUCUCCGAGCUCAUGGAGCGUCUCCGCAUCACCCUGAGACCUGACAAGCUGCCCCGGGACAAACGCAAGUGCUGCUUCUGCCACGAGGAGGGCGACGGCGCCACGGAUGGCCCCGCCAGGCUCCUCAACAUCGACGUGGACCUGUGGGUUCAUCUCAACUGCGCCCUGUGGAGCACGGAGGUGUACGAGACGCAGGGAGGCGCGCUGAUGAACGUUGAAAUGGCGUUGAGGCGCGGGCUCCGCACCCGCUGUGCCUGCUGCCAGAAGACGGGCGCCACCAACAGCUGCAACCGCCUACGCUGCCCCAACGUCUACCACUUCGCCUGCGGCAUCCAGGCCCGCUGCAUGUUCUUCAGGGACAAGACCAUGCUGUGCACCCAACACAAACUGAAAGGGCCCAGCGAGGAGGAGCUGACGGGCUUCUCCGUGUUCCGCCGGGUCUACAUCGAGAGAGACGAGGUCAAGCAGAUCGCCAGCAUCUUACAACGCGGCGACCGCAUCCACCUGUUCCGCGUAGGCGGCCUCAUCUUCCACGCCGUGGGCCAGCUGCUGCCAUCUCAGAUGCAAGCCUUCCAUUCCCCGACCGCAAUCUUCCCCGUGGGCUACGAGGCUACCAGGAUCUACUGGAGCACGCGGGUGCCUAACCGCCGGUGUCGGUAUCGUUGUCGUAUCAGCGAGACGGAGGGAAGGCCGCUGUUCGAGGUACGGGUGCUGGAGCAUGGACAGGAGGACCUGCACUACCGCGACACCAGCCCAGAAGGUAUCUGGGACAGAGUGGUUAAGUCUGUAGCUAAGCUGAGAGAAGAGUCUGCCAUGCUGAAGCUUUUCACUGACCAUGUGAAGGGAGAGGACAUGUACGGCCUCACGGUCCACGCCGUUCUGCGCAUCACUGAGUCGUUGCCUGGAGUGGAGAGCUGCCAGGACUAUGUGUUCCGAUACGGUCGCCACCCUCUGAUGGAGCUGCCGCUCAUGAUCAACCCCACCGGCUGCGCCCGCUCCGAGCCCAAGGUCCUCACACACUGCAAGAGUUCUGUGUCUCUCUCUCUUAGGCCUCACACCCUGAACAGUACGUCCAUGUCCAAGGCCUACCAGAGCACCUUCACCGGCGAGAUCAACACCCCCUACAGCAAGCAGUUUGUCCACUCCAAGUCCUCCCAGUACCGGCGCCUGAAGACCGAGUGGAAGAACAACGUCUACCUGGCCCGGUCUCAGAUCCAGGGCCUGGGGCUAUACGCUGCCAAGGACCUGGACAAACACACCAUGGUCAUCGAGUAUAUAGGAACCAUCAUCCGCAACGAGGUGGCCAACCGCCGCGAGAAGAUCUACGAGGAACAGAACCGUGGGAUCUACAUGUUCCGCACCAACAACGAGCAUGUGAUCGAUGCCACUCUGACUGGCGGCCCAGCUCGCUAUGUCAACCACUCCUGUGCCCCCAACUGUGUUGCCGAGGUGGUGACGUUUGACAAAGAGGACAAGAUCAUCAUUAUCUCCAGUCGCCGGAUCCCCAAGGGAGAAGAGCUGACGUACGACUAUCAGUUUGACUUUGAGGACGAUCAGCACAAGAUCCCUUGCCACUGCGGAGCCUGGAAUUGCCGAAAGUGGAUGAACUAAACGAACAGGGAAAAACAGAGAGGAGAGAGAGGGGGGAGUCCCUUCUUUCUCCUGGGUGCCAGAACAGAACACUCCUGCUGCGCCAAAGCCUAUAGUCUUUAGAACUACUUACCCAGUUCAUAAGCUGACGAACGAGGAGGGAAAUCUAACCUCCAAAUCAAUAAGACGAAGACGUUUGCAUUCACACCUGUAGCCAAAGGUUUGAAGAGCAUUACUGAUUCUAAACGCAAACAAACCCACCUCUAUUGACAUCCAGCCGAAUGGUGGGACAAUCUCUUUGUGGAUGAACUGUGUCCUCUGCCAAAAGCAACUCUUUCCUCUACCUACCUACCGCUCCCCCCUUCAACAACUAUGGCUGGAAUACAAUCUUCUAAACCUACCAAAUGUUCUGAUUCUAUGUGAUAUCAAUACUCUCUUAGGACAGAUCUCACCUAGAGCUUUGAAGAAAGAAGCCAUUUUAAGUACUAAGAACAAACGAAUGCAUUUUUUUUUUAGGGUCUUACCUAUCCUAUUCUUCUCCCCCUGCACUCCCCCUCUUCCUAACCUAACCCUUAAGGAAAAGACACUCUCCCGUUGUCAUUGGUGGGGAUUGACUCCCCAACGUGGAUAUUAUUGGCUAGCUAGACAAUCCUGAAGACAGUGGCUCUGAGUUUGUAUAGAAGAACUAUGUAUCGCUGAUGGAGACGGGAGUAGAAAGAUGUCUGAUACAAUAAAAGUUGACCUCUAGAGGCACCAGACAUAAAGGUUUCAUUGGCCUGACUGACUAAAGGAGUUUAUAAAAAGGUGGGUUAGUUGGACCCCCAGUCUACCUCAUUGAUCUAGUGGGAGUGACUGCUUACUUUGUGUAAAAACUGCUACUGUGGAAAAGGGGGAAGAAAGGGGUCGGUGGGAAUGUUUUCAUUAGGCUAAUAAUAUAGCCUUCUCGGACAAGCAGGGAAACUUAACUAGCAGCCGGUUUGCUCUAUUCUAUGCUGAUUUUACAAUAAUGAGCCAACAAUAUUACUCCUCAUUAAUUAUCUAUACAGACGGAAUAAAUUAUAUGAUCAUUUUUUUUAAAGAUAUCCCAUUAAGAUCAAUCACAAGCUUAACAGGUAUCACGAGAUGACUCCUGAUCAUCCUGGAUUUCAUGUUGCCCUUCUCUGCAUAUAACACAUUUAGAUAUGCUUUUUAGUUGACUGAAUGCGCAGUAACAUCUAACCUUGCGUUCUGGGGGACUGAGCGAGGGAUUGGUGCGUCAACGCGUAAAGCGAAGCAGGAUCACUGCGCUAAUUUAGUAAGUCGUCUUUGGCAAGACGAUCAAGUUAAACUAAUGAGUGCGAGAAGUGUAACGUACGCUUGCUGCUUUAUUCCUUCUGGUCACACGUUAAGCAGAAAGCUUGCGGGUAAUAAUGCAAGACUACUAUCCCGUUUGUGUUCCACCUUUUAGUCCUUGAAAUCCCAUCUGCAUUUUUUAUAUUUUAUUUUCGCGAAUGACGUCAACCAUGAAUCUAGCAUCUUCCUCUCUAUAUCAUGUUAGUGGACUGUUGUAAACUUUUUUACUGUAGUGAGUCUCUCUGCCUGGCCCUGCCUGUCUAACCACACCACAGCUAGGUGUGUUUCUAAAGAUCCCUGUGUUGUGGUUUUCUAGUGGUAGUACGGUCUUUUCUAUACUGGAGUCUAAUCAAGGGCAGGGGAAGACUUGUCAAAAACAAACAAAAAAAAGGGCAUUUUUCUUUUUUAAAUGAAAUGAAUAACAAAGUAGAUCUAAGGGGAGAGUUCUGAAGUCUCCAUGGUGAUGUCCCCUCUACCCUGACCUAAAACCUCACGUAAGAAAAAUGCAAAAGUGUACAAACUGUAUAUAUAUUCUAUAGGGGGGCAACAAACUCUUUAUCCAACCCCUUUUUAAUCAAUAAAAAUCUAAAAUUGUAGAGAAAUAAAAUUGAUGAAAGAAAUCAACCACUGGAUAUCAUUUUAUCAAAGAUUAUGCUGUGUGUGUGUGUGUGUGUGUGUAUAUAUAUAUAAAUAUAUGUAAAAUGGAGUGUUUUUGCAUUUACCUGUUUUUCUAUUAGCAUUUUUUGCUAUAAGCUUUCAAAGACAGUUUGUUAAAAUAGGUAUGUGAAGAUGUCAGGUCUUUACUUGGAUGAGAAGCCAAGAGUGAAAGAAUGUUGUAGAUGCAUAAUGGAAAGUUGUCAAGAUUAUUACAACAAUGAAUCACUUGAAGGGUGCAUAGCAUUUGUGUAUUUAUGUCAAACUGUUAAUUUACUUUUAAUUUAUGCUACUAGUCAAUUUUACCAAAACCUCUCGCCCUUGAUUGGUCACAAUUUGAUCAUUAGUAUACGGAAAAUCUUUAACUUCUCCCUGGCUAGGAUAUUAGUUAAAUAUGAUUGGUGUUUCAUCUUCCCUAUAGAAGUGAAUGUGUUGGUAAACCUUGUGAAAACAGGCUACUCGGUCUGAUGUAUGUUAUGACUAAAUAUUCAAAGUUAACCCAGUACUUACCUGAGAAUAAAUUGCACUCAAUAGUACUUCUCUAAAAGUGGUAGAUAUUGGGAAAGUAUGAGUCAGUGCUAUUUUUCUUGUCCUGUUUAUUUGAAGGGAAGACCAUUAGACAUUUUGCCGCUCACUGGAUUUUAGCCUAAGUAACUUCUUCCUACCUUCUAUCAUGUUUGAAUAUCUAAUUUAAGUUCUGCAUAUCUUAAAUUAAAUAAAGAGCUUGCUAAAAGUUGAACUUUUUUUACCUAACUUUUUAAAAAUGUUUUACAUCUGUACAGCUGAGCUACUUUAAGGGAAUAUGAAUAAUUUUUAUUGUAUGUGGCAUGUUUUGUAUGGAUAUAAUUUUGAAUUGUACAUAGAACGACAGAGGUUUUCUAUACAGCCCCCCCCCUCCCCCAUCCAUUUGUCUCUGCUUUUAUUUCUUUUAAAGAAAAAAUAAAAUGCAUUUUUAAAUAUAA